UUGUUUCGCAUAUUCCACUUCCACUUUUUAGGAGCUAUAUGCUACAUCGAGCUGGGUACCUCUAUCACUGAGCCUGGUUGUGACUUCGCCUAUACGGUGUAUGUUGGCUGGAAGGCUAUUGCGUUUGCGUUCAUGUGGGUUUCCGUAUUCGUGACUUACCCCGCAUCGGCUGCUGUUCAGGCAAUGACCUUUGGACAGUACAUCGUAAAUGGUAUGGAGCCAGUGUGGUCUCUUGGUCCAGAAUGGCAUGAGUUCAUGGAACGAGCUCUGGGUUAUACUCUUCUAGUCGUGCUUAUCGUGCUCAAUUUCUACGCUCUUGACCGUUACGCAGCGCCAUUUCAAGUGGCCGUUACCAGUGCCAAAAUGCUUGCAAUGGCUAUUAUAGUGUUCGCAGGAUUCUACUAUCUGUUCUUCGAAGGUUGGUCGAAAAACUUGGAACAUCCGAUGGCAGGAAGUGUAUGGGCGCCCGGAAAAUUGACGUUGGCAUUCUAUGGUGGCCUGUGGAGCUACGCUGGUUGGGAUAUACUAAAUUAUGGUACGCCAGAAAUUGAAAAACCUACACGCACAAUGCCUCUUUCGCUGAUCACGGGUAUUUUAAUAGUCUGUAUCACUUACGUGGCUAUCAACAUAUCAUAUUUUAUCGUCUUGACGCCGGAUGAAAUGAAGAACAGUACAGCUGUGGCGGCGGAUUUCGCCCAGAAGACCUUAGGAAAUUUUUCCUAUGCGAUUCCAUUCAUGGUGGCUUUACUUUUGAUCGGCACCUUGAACAGUAAUCCUUUUCUGCGGAUCACGAUGAUCUGUACAUUCGCCAUGUCAUUCGUCGAUAUUGACACUCUAAUCAACUAUGUGACAUUCGUGAUGUGGUCACAGAAAGCGGUUACGGUAGCCGCACUGCUCUACCUACGGUACACCAAAAUGCCCGUUUCUGAAAGUAUGAUUAUUCAGCGUUUUUCUCCUAGCUAA